UCGCCAGAGAGUUUAAUCCAUUAAUUUAAUUAAGGUAUUACAUGACGUGGCACCUUGUGUACUCUUCACUCUCAGUGACUCUCAAUAAAAACGGGUUAAUAGUCUGCACGCGCAAGCCAGCAUCAUUCCUUUUAAAAGUUCAUUGUGAUGGCACCUUACGGUUUAAUCAUUAUGAGGCGUCCAUCAGGUGUGCAAAUGUCCUGGAAUGUUGCAUGUUGAAAACUGCAGGCUGACAUGUUUAGUGGUCCUACCACUAUGUCAACAUACAUCACCCGCUGUCAGCACCAGGGUUGGAUGAGGGUCACCGACAUGAAAGGUUCAUCAAUACACUGGAUAUCUUGUGGACAGCCACUUUCAGAACCAUUCGGAUGGCAGGUCAAGUUUUGCUUGGUUGCAGAAUGUCAGCUAGUUCUCCUGGACAAGAGAGAGAUCAGUCCAUUGCUGUUCCAAGAGUGCCGUGCUGAAUCAUGCACUGUAUGGCUCCUGCGACAUAGCACCAGCAUUCCUGAGGGAGUUCAGCUCCGUAAAGACCAGAGCACCCAAACCAGAAAUGCCAGGUCUCUCACUGACAGGGUGGGCCGGCGGCGCAGUAUGCCUGGCAGUACAGUGGACAAAACGGUGGGCGCUAUGGAUGCAGAAACGUCAACACCUUUUAAAGUCACGGGCUUCCUAAGUCGCAGACUGAAGAGUUCCAUUAAACGUACCAAAAGCCAGCCGAAGCUCGACCGCCACAGCAGCUUCAGGAACAUCUUACCGGGCUUCAAGAGCGCGGAGAAUGACAGUAGAUCCCAUCUGAUGCCGAGGCUGAAGGAAUCGCGGUCUCACGAGUCGUUGCUCAGCCCCAGCAGUGCAGUAGAAGCUCUAGAUCUCAGUAUGGAGGAGGAAGUGCUCAUCAAACCUGUGCACAGCAGCAUCCUGGGACAGGAUUUCUGCUUUGAGGUAACUACUUCAACAGGAAGCAAAUGCUUCUCAUGUCGGUCGGCUGCCGAGAGAGACAAAUGGAUGGAGAAUUUGAGACGUGCUGUGCAUCCCAACAAGGAUAACACCCGUCGGGUGGAAAACAUGCUGAAAUGUUGGAUUAUCGAAGCUAAGGACUUGCCUGCAAAGAAAAAAUACUUCUGUGAACUUUGUCUGGAUGACACGUUGUAUGCACGGACUACCUGCAAACUCAAAACAGACAAUGUUUUCUGGGGCGAACACUUUGAGUUUAACAACCUGCCCUCAGUUAGGAGUAUCACCGUGCAUCUUUACAAGGAAACGGACAAAAAGAAAAAGAAGGACAAGAAUAAUUACGUGGGCCUGGUCAAUAUCCCUAUAGCGGCAGUCACCGGGCGGCAGUUCGUGGAAAAAUGGUAUUCCGUGAGCAUGCCGAAUCCCAAUAAAGGAAAGAGUCCAGGACCCAUGGUCCGAUUGAAAUCCCGAUAUCAGAGCAUGAGCAUCCUUCCCAUGGAGCUGUACAAGGAGUUUGCAGAGUACAUUACUAACAAUUAUAUGUUAAUGUGCUCAGUGCUGGAGCCAGCGCUAAGUGUGAAGAACAAGGAAGAGAUGGCUUGUGCACUUGUCCAUAUCUUACAAAGCACAGGCAAGGCCAAGGACUUUCUGACAGAUCUGAUGAUGUCUGAGGUGGAUCGGUGUGGAGACAAUGAGCAUCUCAUAUUCCGUGAGAACACACUGGCUACUAAAGCUAUAGAGAAGUACCUGAAACUAGUGGGACAGAAGUACCUUCAGGACGCUUUAGGUGAGUUCAUCAAAGCCCUGUAUGAGUCAGACGAGAACUGCGAGGUGGAUCCGUCUAAGUGCUCCUCCAGUGACCUGCAUGAGCACCAGAGCAACCUGAAGAUGUGCUGUGAGCUGGCUUUCUGCAAGAUCAUCAAUUCUUACUGCGUGUUUCCUCGGGAGCUUAAAGAAGUGUUUGCAUCCUGGAGGCAGGAGUGCAGUAACCGAGGACGACCGGACAUCAGCGAACGCCUGAUCAGCGCAUCUCUUUUCCUGCGCUUCCUGUGUCCUGCCAUCAUGUCGCCCUCGCUCUUCAGCCUCAUGCAGGAAUAUCCUGACGACCGCACCGCCCGAACACUCACACUCAUAGCCAAAGUGACACAAAACCUCGCCAACUUCACCAAGUUUGGCAGUAAGGAGGAGUACAUGUCCUUCAUGAAUCAGUUCUUGGAACACGAAUGGACCAACAUGCAGCGCUUCCUGCUGGAGAUCUCCAACCCGGAGACCAUCUCAAACACAGCAGGCUUCGAGGGUUAUGUUGACCUGGGCCGUGAACUCUCCACUCUCCUUUCUCUCCUGUCCGAAGCCGUCUCACAGCUCGAUCAGAGUACUAUCACUAAGCUGGGUCCUUUAGCACGGAUCCUGCGGGAUGUCAAUUCAGCCCUGACGAACCCCACUGGAGUCCCCGUGUCAUCUCCCACCGAGCGUGUAGGUUCCCCCACUCUACCCAGCAGCAGCCUGUCUACCGGUCUGCAGAAAAUGGUCAUGGACAGUGAGAUCACAGGGUUGGUGGAUUUCACACGGCUGCCCUCACCGACCCCCGAAAACAAGGAUCUGUUUUUCGUAACGAAGAAUUCUGUGAUCCAGCCGUCGCCUGCCCGCAGCUCCAGUUACUCGGAGGCUAACGAGCCAGAUGUUCAGAUCCCCAACGGCAGCAAGAGCUUGUCAAUGGUGGACCUGCAGGACAGUCGUUCUCUUGAGAGCGCUCCCAACACCUCCUUCAGCGACCCCAUCAAUGACAGCCAUACUUCUGUUGGCCAGGGCACAGGAGUGUGGACCACCCGCACCACUAUGGGCAACACACCCAGCGGUCCGACCCUGAGGAGGCCAGGACAGACCCCCACCACACCGAGUACAGAAAUAGCCCUGGGGAGGUCCCAGCUGCUUGCCCCGCUCUCGUUCCAGAACCCUGUGUACCACAUGGCCGCCGGAUUGCCCCGUGCAGUGGCCGAUUCGGGAUCUGAAUGCCAGAGCUCCAUCAGCUCCCAGAGUAACGCAGAGGAAGCAGCUACUGCGGGGUCAAAGCACCCAUUCCUGAGCCAGUCCAGCACGGGGGCCAGUGGCGGAGGGGGCAGCAGCGGGGAUGAAUUCAUUCGGUGUUCUGGAGAGUUCACUCGCAGACAGCUGUCCCUCACAGAGACCCAACACCAAGCCAACGUACCACGCCAGAACAGCACAGGGCCGCAGCGCAGGAUAGACCAGCCGCCUCCAACCGUCACAAGGGGCCGCACUCCGCCCAACAUGCUCAACACCGCACCGUACCCCCGCCCCUCCAGUGGAAGUAUGAUGUCAUCAUCUCCUGACUGGCCAAGCAGUGGCACCAGACUGAGGCAGCAGUCGUCGUCCUCCAAAGGGGACAGUCCAGAAUCUAAGCAGCGCACCCUACACAAACAAGCUCCAUCUCCUGUGAAUCCCAAUGCGUUGAACCGCACUGCUGCGUGGCUGCUGAAUAUGAAUGUGCAAUAUUUGGAGCAGGAGGGAAUUGACCCAGAUUCGAAACACCGGGAGGACUUUCCAAACAAGGAGGAUCUCACACCAACUGAAAAGUAUCAGCAGGAGAUUGCUGUCCUGCAGGAAAAGCUGCGUAUUUCUGCUAAGAAGCUGGAAGAGUAUGAAUCUCGCAUAAAGAGCCAGGAUGACCAAACCCAGAAGAUGCUCUUGGAGUACCAGGCCCGGCUUGAGGACACGGAGGAGCGAUUACGCAAGCAGCAGGAUGAGAAAGAGCACCAGAUGAAGAGCAUCAUCACCAGGUUGAUGUCAGUUGAAGAGGAGCUGAAGAAAGAUCACACAGACAUGCAGGCCAUUGUAGACUCCAAACAGAAAAUCAUCGAAGCCCAGGAGAAGAGAAUCGCAUCCCUGGACGCCGCAAACGCCCGGCUAAUGAGUGCUCUGUCUCAGCUGAAGGAUCGUUACAGCAUGCAAACGAGGAACGGCAUCUCUCCCACAAACCCUACCAAGCUGCAGAUCACGGAAAACGGUGAAUUCCGGAACAGUAGCAACUGUUAGCGUGGACACAAACACACACAGGCCUACGGGCCUAGUGACGGACAAGGGCUAUGGGUAACUCUCUUACAGUAUGGAAAAACAGCGCACCGGCGGGGUUAAAAUUACUUCACAAAGUCCCUAGUACUGGGUCGAAAAUAACUCUUUUUGGGAACUAAUUGGAUAGGACAUUUAAGAGUUGCACAAUGUUGUUUUUUCGCUCAGUGUAUAAAGGCUAAUGUGUCUUUUUGAAUCCUUUUAGAUUUGCCACGCAAAGAUGUCCCAUGAUGCUUCAUUCAUAGCCCUUGUCACGAGAGCCACUCGGGUCACUGAUGUAAGCCGUGACCAAAUUCUGUAUCACCUCUAGAUUUGAACUGUGCACAUACACCUCUUGAUUGGACUUAGCAUGAUAAUAACAAAUCAUACGCAUGUAAUUAUUUGUUGAAACACUAUUUUCCGCUUUCUUUUUAUUGUAACUUUCAUGUAAACAUCCUUUUCUGACCAUUUUUGUUGCUUGCGUCACUCCACGGCAGCAGUAGCACAAACUGCUUGCUUUCUUUUGUAAGGUUAAAGAGAUGACUUUUAAACAUCGCAUUUUGUUGCAUACUUGUUUUGUAUGUGCAUAACAUUUUAGUCUAUAUAGAGGCAGCGCACCUCAUUAAUGUAUAUAAUUUUUUAUGGGCUUUUCAGAGAAAAGAGAUUUUGUUUUUUUCGUACGGUCUGUAUUUCCCGUGCUGAGGUCUGCUGUACUUUAUUAAGGAAAAACAAUGUAAGCUGCCAUUAUACAUUCAGGUGCUGCUUCUAGACAGGGCAAAGAUGACAACACACUUUAACCCUUCUGCAUCAACGCCGUGGAUAGAAAUGUCCUCACACUGUUUGCUGUUCACGUGGCCAGUAUUAGACUCAGUAUCCAACAUCAUGCCUACAGUACAAUCAGUGUGUGUCCCCUACGAUGUCUUUCUUCCACUCUAUGCACUUUCUAUAGCAUUAGAAUGGACCCUUUAACCAAAACCUGCUUCUGUGGACUUGUUAUAAAGGCUAUUCAGAGCAGCAAGGACGAAGCAUAUAGCAUUCAGCACUUCUACUGGGUGAUAAAGGUUUGAGUUGAUGUGUGAAGUGUAUUGUGGCUGUUUUUCAUUUAAAGGUUGUGAUGUUUCCUGCUCUUCAAAUGCGGUUUGCAUCAAACAAGCUGGAAGUCAGUGCAGCGCAGCAAUAGUUGCAUCAACCCUGCAGACAGGACCUUUGCACCGGUAUCAGACGAGCCUGUUUUAGCUUCACUGAACUUUAUUCAAAUCAGGCUUAUGGAGAAGAGUUUGAAGACUGUCAGUGUUUCUUUGUGUAUAAAUGUCAAAUCAAACAUCUCCAUUUUUCAGUAUUCUCAUUUUUUUUAAUUUAUCAUACAGACUUGAGAGAAAGUAUGCUCUGUUUAACUGUUGUUUGGAAUUUAUUUUUUUAAUUUAUAUUUUAAAUUAUGUUCAGUUGAUUUAUUUAUUCAACUAUAACCCCAAAAUUAAGAGUACUUGUUUAAGAUUGAAUGCUGGGUGUGUCCAAUGUUGUUAAAGUCAGCUUGAAACAGAAGUUGAGCUCAUUUUUUCCAUAUUGUGACAUAUAUCCAGGUGAAACAGCUUCUUGAACGAGAUCAAAUGUAGGGCAGGACUUGAUAUUAUUGUUGGAGAAUUGAGUGGAUUGUUGGAU